UUUCCGGGUUGAUGCCGGUGGGGGGCAAGGCUGGAGGGCGGCCACGGGGCUCGGCGCUCCUUGGCUGGGCUUUUCCGUUGAUGUUGCUCCUCGCUUUGUGAUUGGCCUGAAACCGGGGGGGGGGAGAAGAUCGUGGGGUGCUCUUAAAGGGGCCGCAGCCUUUGCUCGCUUGCCUCGCCAUCUCUCCCCACCAUGGCCUAUCAGGGUUUCACUGCAGAAUAUUUGGGGAUCCCCGCCGUGACGCGCGCCUACACCACUGCCUGCGUCAUCACCACCGCUGCCGUGCAACUGGAUCUCCUCACGCCUUUCCAGCUGUACUUCAACCCGGAUCUAAUUUUCAGAAAGCUGCAGAUCUGGAGGCUCCUCACCAACUUCCUGUUUUUUGGGCCCUUGGGAUUCAGCUUCUUCUUCAACAUGAUAUUCCUGUACAGAUACUGCCGCAUGUUGGAAGAAGGCUCUUUCCGUGGAAGGACAGCAGACUUCAUCUUCAUGUUCCUUUUUGGAGGGUUUCUCAUGACACUUUUUGGUCUCUUUGCUGGCCUCUUCUUCCUAGGCCAGGCAUUCACCAUCAUGCUGGUGUAUGUAUGGAGUCGGAGGAACCCUUACAUCCGGAUGAACUUCUUUGGCCUGCUGAACUUCCAGGCCCCAUUCCUGCCAUGGGUUUUGAUGGGCUUCUCACUACUGCUGGGCAACUCCAUUCUCAUUGACCUCCUAGGAAUUGCUGUGGGUCAUGUCUAUUACUUCCUUGAAGAUGUCUUCCCCAACCAGCCUGGAGGAAAGAAGUUACUACUUACACCAGGAUUCCUGAAGCUUGUGUUCGACCCUCCAGAGGAGGAUCCUAACUACAAUCCCCUCCCUGAGGAGAAUCCUAACUUUAACCCUCCCCCCGAGGAGGCUCCUGCACCUGCUCAAGAAGACCAAAACCAGCCACAGCUACCAUAGCAGUUAAGGCACAGUGAUAACCCCUGCCUUAUAUGGUGUUGAACCAGAUACAGAUUGCCAUUUCAGCAGUGCUGAUUUGUAUUCUCGUGCCACUCUUCCUCCCUUCAACUGGCAAGCUGUGCUGCAGCUCAGGAGAUGGAAGGAGAACUCCAUAGAAGUGUUGAAUGUUGCAAAGGACUGGAAGAUGCAUUUGCUGAACUCCCUGGGAAGUUACAGGCAGAAGACUCUACAGACUGAGCAUCUGGAAUCAGGUGGUUCAGCAUCUUGAGCACCCUCAACUUCCACAUUAAACAAGAGACUUCACCCUUAUAUGGUGGCUUUAAAAACAUUGUAUAGAGAGCUGCUGCCUUUUCAGUUGUCACUGUGCUUUCCAUGUGCCAAGACGCAUGGAAUGAGGGUCUGCCGCAGAAUUCAGUUUAGCUUUCUUUUUCCUCCAGCUUUCUGGGCCUCAGGUGGCUAAGAAGUUUUGCACAGGCAGAAGCUACUGAAAUCCUCAAUCCAGGCCUGGCUCCCUGUUUUCCUACAUCCCUUGCCUACUCCUCCAGGCUCUGUGUUUUUUUUUAAAAUGGGUAGCAAGUGUGUUUUAUAUUCCUUCACAAUUACAACAGGCAAAACCUCCUGGUAUGGUUAAUGAGCCACUCAUUCCUAAUUUGCAGAAGGUGGCAACAGGCAUCAAGAUAACUAGAAUGAAUCGGAAAUCAAAUUGACCAGCUCAGGAGAAGGGAAAAACACUGUCUGUGGUUCGGUUACAUUUCUGCUUCUCUUUGUGGCCCAUACCCAUAACAUUUGGUGUGAGUUAAUGUAACACACCUGUAACCUUGACUCUAUCCACCAAAUGCUGACUAAGAGAGAAGAUUCCCAUUUCCUUGUUAUGUAAUCUUAAAUGUGAAAUGAAGUGAGUGCAAAAAUAUGUCAGAAGACAUCUGGCCAGUACAAGUGCAACCCUUCUUUCUGUUUCUCCUUUCUUCCACAAUCAUCUGAACUACUUAACAGACCCAAUAAAUGCAA